AGUAGGUCAAGAUUAGGUUUAGGAAAUCGCUAAAUAUCAGUGACUCGGUGCUGCUGUGUAGUAUUCAGUCUUUGUAUUCAUUCAUACUGAAUUUGAUAAAAUAACAAAAGAAGUAUUGUGUCCAGUUUGAAUUUGCUGACAUGUAAAGAUGUCAGUUGAUUCUUCUAAUCAAGCAUCAGAGGCUGUGGAGAACAUUAAAUAUGGAGAACUUGUUGUACUUGGCUACAAUGGACAUUUAAUUUCUGGUGACAAAGGGAGGAGAAGGAGUAAAUAUGUUCUUUGGAAGAGGGAGAAAGCAAAUGGAGUGAAGCCUUCCCAGAAGCACCUUGUCACUAAUCCUCAGUCAUCCCAGGCUGUGCAAGAUCAAUCCAAACACUCAGUAUCUUAUACACUGUCUCGCAAUAGAGCUAUUAUUGUUGAGUAUCUCAGGGAUGAUGAGACUGAUAUGUUUCAGAUUGGAAGAUCAAUGGAGGGUCCUAUAGAUUUUGUUGUUAUGGACACCGUCCCAGGUCAUCUUAGGACUCAAAGGGACACUGCACCACAGAGCACAAUUUCUCGCUUUGCCUGUCGUAUAAUUGUUGAUCGAGCACCUCCUUAUACUGCUAGGAUUUAUGCAGCAGGUUUUGAUUCUGGAAGGAACAUAUUUUUAGGGGAGAAAGCUGUGAAGUGGUGCUCAGAUGACAAUGUGGAUGGACUUACAACUAAUGGUGUGUUCAUAAUGCAACCUCAAGGUGGCUUCACCCCCUCUGGAAAGCCUGGCCCCUGGCGAGAAGUUUCUGUUGGAGGUAGUCUAUUCUCCCUGCGAGAUUCACGGCCUUCGCCCCUCAAAAGUCAUCAGAUGACAGAAGAAGACAAUGUUUUGCGUGAUGGAACUUUAAUUGAUCUCUGUGGGGCAACUAUUGUAUGGAGGUCUGCUCUAGGACUCAUUUCAUCACCUAGUGAUUAUGAGUUUCAACAGUUGGUUGGUAGAAUCAAUGCUGGUCGCCCACAGUGUCCAGUGGGGUUAAACACACUAGUCCUGCCCACAAGGGACUCUUUAAAUUUGAAGGAUCGACAGCCGUAUGUUUAUAUUCCUUGUGGACAUGUUCAUGGUAACCAUGAGUGGGGUCAAGCAGACACUAAUGUCAGAAAAUGUCCAUUGUGUCUAAAUGAUGGAACAUUUGUCAAGCUGCAGAUGGGUUUUGAGUUGAGUCUGUACGUCGACUCUGAGCAACCAACAUACUGUUUUUCACCCUGUGGUCACAUGGUGUCAGAAUGCACUGCAAAGUUUUGGUCAAGAAUUGCUGUGCCUCAUGGAUCCCAUGGUUUCCAGACUAUCUGUCCAUUUUGUGCCACGCCCUUGUCUGAAACAACCCCUUAUAUGAAGCUUAUAUUCCAGGACAACACCGACCUGCCAGUAACAUGAAACUUUUUUUUUUAAAUGAUGCCUCAGUAUGCUAAACACUGUCCUUAUUGUCUCAUUACUUUUACUUUGACUGUGUAUAUUUGUGGGAUAGAAAAUGUGGGCUGUAUCUGAGUUAAAUAUAAAGUGGUCCAUGAUGCCACAAAUCUGAGACAUCUAAUUUAAGGACAAAGAAAUUACUGUUGAAAGAUAUUUUUCUACUAGUUUUUUAACAACCCCCACCCCCUGGCUAUGUAACCUUUUGGCUAACCCUGGAUACCUGGCUAGAGUUUGACAGGAUAAUUGGUUAACUUAGAAAUCCAGCAACAUGUAGAACAUGUAAUGCAGCAGCGUAAUGUUGAUAUUUAUAAAUUAUAUAUUUGAAUGACGUCUUGCAGUUUUUCACACAUCUAUAUAAUUCAUUGCAGAUCUGAAAUUUCUUAAUACUCUCAUGACUUUUGUAGGCUUAAAGACCAAAAGUAAUUUUGGUUGCCUGCUUUUAGGUAAUAGCAUGGGCUUGAUGUCCAUUUGGGUAAGCAGGCCUACCUGUUGCAAGUGUUUCUGUUACCAAUGUAUGACAUUGUGUAAUCUCAUACUUUUUAUUGUCACUGAUCUUCCAAAUAACAAUGCAGUACAAUUGGCUAUGUAAGUGGAUAUAUAUAUAUAUAUAUAUAUAUAUAUAUAUAUAUAUAUAUAUAUAUAUAUAUAUAUAUAUAUAUACAUGCACACACUCUAUAUUGUUGAUGUUCCUUAGCAUUCCUGGUUCAUUGUUUCCUUUGUUUGAAAGCAUGUUGCUAAUUUAAUUAAUUUUAAUCUUUGCUUAAAAUUAUCAUCAGAAGUCAAUAUAUAGUGAACUGUGUGUGAACAAAGAUUAUUGUUGUGUUUAAUUAUGUUAAUUGUGUCUGACCUUUGAUCCAGCAAUAGUUGUUUCAAGCAAUAUUGUAAGAAGUUUGUAUAGGAUUGAUUUUUUCCUCUUUCCUUACUAUUUUUUUAAACUGAAUGCAUGCUUUGUGAAAGUUAGAAUUAUAACUUUAUUUUUAAACACCCUAGCUCCCUCCAUGAUAAAUAUUAUCAUGACAUUUAAUAUUUUAAAAUUUCAAUGGAACCUGCUUUCAUUUUUUGUUACUGUAUUUUAUCUUUAAUUAAUACUAAUUUCCUGUUUAUGUUGUUGAUAUCUGUUUCUGAUAUUUAUAUAUCUUGAAAACAUAAUACAUGACAUGAAUCAAACUGACAAUGCUAUGCACCGUAUUUGUAGAAUGUGUUUAGUGGAAAUAAAUUAUCCCACCUAGUUUUUGUACAACAAAAUUUUAAAGAUAGUGGUGCGAAUAGUUUUUUUUUAAAUUUUAAAUAUAUAGUUCUUAAAACCAGCAACUUAACUAUUCACUUGUAAUGAGCAAUCUCUGGUACAUUGUAGGACCUGUAGCUAUUAUCAUUUAAACUUUUCAACUAAGUUGCAGCAAUUUUAUAAUUUCAGCUAUUAGUGACCAUUGUGAAAGUUAUAGCUGUAGCUACUUAGAAUUACUACAAUACAUUUACAAUAGUCAUUCUUUCCAUUGUUCAUUUUCAUGCCUUUUGUAUAGUAUACAUAUAUAUUAUAUAUAAUUUGCUUUUAAUUUUUGGGUUUAAAAGUUUGUAUUAAUUUUUGAGAAAUUUACAGAAAAAACUCUUAAAAUACAAAACAUUCUAGUUAUGUUUACACAGAUAACCAUAAGUUGUCUUAGUCAAAGUUUUUUUUUUAUUGUACAAGUUUAUAAUAAACCAGCCAAGUUUAGGUUUACAAUAACACUGGUUGUUACAUUUUUAAUCAACUGUUUUAUGGCAUACUUUUUUGUAACUUAUCAGUUCUACACAGAAUAUUCUUUGAAAGUUAUGAACAUGAAAUAAUAAAAUACUAAUAUUGGCCUAAUGAUAUUAAAACAUAUUUUUAUAAGCAAACUAUUCUGUGUGUCCCAAGAAAGUGUAAUGUGUUUUUGUGUACAUAUACAUCAGCAGUGUUUUUUUUUUUUUUACAUUUUUAUUUCAGUAUAUAACGUUUGUCUAAACAUAUCAUAUAUAACUAGGUAUGUUCUUUACUUAUACGAAGAGCUAAUUUUACUGACAUGUUAAUCAUAAGCCAUAUGCAAGGAGUGAAUGUUGAUGCUGCUAAAUGUUCAGCUUGAGUGACUCUGUAAUCAAUAUUUAAAUGCAUCUAUGUGUACCGUUUGAUUUUCCUGGAUGAAACUGUACUUUUUAUUUCUGAUAAUGAUUACCUCAUAUUUCACUGUGUUAAACAUUGUCACCACUGUAUUUUAUUUAAUAUACUCAUCAUUGAAGUCAUCAUGCUACUGCAACAAGUAACUUAAUUACUAGUCAAGUGAAUCAAGUUCUUUUAUUGAACUGUGGCAUUUCUUACUCUUGUAUUGAGACUGUUAGCUUAAUAUUAAAGCCAGUAUUUUAAAAUAAUUUAAAAGAUUAUCUUUUAUUUUAAAAGUUUUCUCUAAUAGUACUUAAUGUGUAACAGACUAGUUUGAUAAGUCUGUUAAUUAAUGUUAGUUACAUGCAUCAAAAAGUUUUAAAUGAAUAAAUGUAAAAAAAAAUUGGUAUUGUUGUUGCUAAAAGAUUAUUUUAACACAUCAGCUGUGCCUCGGACUAGAAUCAUGAAAAUAUAGAAAAAUUAAAUUUUUAAAAUGUAAGAUUAGUAAGCUAAUCUGUUUUUAGUUAAUUUUUUCUUCUAACUUCUAGGUAUUGUAAGUAUUGUAAGAUAAAAGAUUUAAGUUAAUUUUAAUAACAUACUGACACAUCACAUAUUGACACUUCAGCAUCUCAUGUGUAGUUUAUGAUUAAAGAUAACAGAAGAUUGUGUUUUCUAAUUCUUGUGGUAGAAUCCCUAGAAAUUGAAACAUUUUUUCACUAUGCUAGCAGAUGAUUGAUUUAUAUUCAGUGUGACUGGUAGAACAAUUCCUACAUAUUUAUAUAUAUAUAUAUAAACAUUCCAGUUUUAGCAGCCUCCUUUCUUAGUUGUUUCACUGCUUUGCUUACAAGUUUCUAGUCAUUUAUUUGAAUAUACAAGGGUGUUUGUUUCUUUUGGAGCUUUUUAGAAUAAAUGUAUUUUGUUGCUUUAGUAAUUCAAAUUGUACUUUGAUAUCAAGUUACUAUAAGAUUGUCAUUUUCUGUGUGGCUUUUCUUACGUUUAUAUUUGCCUGAUUAACUAAUGUAUCUGAGCUGUUAGGAGAUACUGGUUAUUAUCCGUUACUUCUGUAUUUAAUAUUUAAGUGUAGGCUAGAAUAUUCUGCUCUCUAUAUAUUAUAUAUACAAAUUUAAAGACUAAAUUUAGCAGUUACUUGACUUUGGAUAUAAUGAUUUGUGCCAAAUGAACUACGAUAAAAACCAAUCACCAAUUGAGAAUAUUUUUUUUUCAUUAACACUGAUUUAAAUUUAAAGUAGAAACUGGUACUGGUAGAUCUAUACAUUUAAUGACUGCUGUUGGGUACUUUUAAUUAUUUUACACCAUCUUCUUUGUGCAUUAAUUGAAAAUAUUCUUGUGGAAAUAUUGAGUGAGACUACUAAAAUGUUGAAUUGUCUAUGCCAGUAAUGUCAUGCUAUCCUUAUUUAUGUCAAUGCUGUGGUAACUUGCAAUUUAAAAACAUGGAUUUAUAAAAACAGCAGGUAACAUAUAUUUAGUGCAUGGUUUGUCAUUUCCACACUUUCACAGAUUAAAUGUAUUUCAGUGUUUGAUAAAUUAUUUACAGGUGUAUUGCAUCACUUCCUCCCUGUCUUUAAAUAAGGCUAUUUCACUUUGCAUGUUAUUAUUAGCAUUGUUACAAAAAACUGUUCUUUAUUUGCCCUUAAGUUAAUGUGAGAAUUCAAAAUGUAAAUAAAGUGAAGACAUAAAUA